ACCAAGAUCUGUUCUGAUCAACCCGGCCGAAACCCGUUUGGGAAGUAAAGCAAGCAACACACGGGUUAGUUGAGAAAGUGAGAGAGAUCAAAGAUGGAGAAGAUAGAGCACACUAUAGUACCCACAAAUGGCAUAAACAUGCACAUAGCGUCCAUAGGGACUGGCCCGGUGGUCCUCUUCCUCCACGGCUUCCCUGAGCUAUGGUACUCGUGGCGCCACCAACUACUCUACCUCUCUUCCCUCGGAUACCGCUGCAUAGCUCCCGACCUCCGCGGAUAUGGAGACACUGACUCGCCGCCUUCUGCCGCCUCCUACACUGUGUUCCACAUCAUUGGCGACCUUGUCGGCCUUCUCGACCAUCUGGGUAUCGACCAGGUCUUCUUGGUUGGCCAUGACUGGGGCGCUAUCGUUGCCUGGCACUUCUGCUCGUUCAGGCCGGAUCGAGUCAAAGCUCUUGUCAACUUGAGCGUGCCAUAUCUUCCCAGGAAUCCGGCGAUAAAUCUUGUCGAGGGCUUCAGGGCUUUGUUUGGUGAUGAUUAUUAUUUUUGCAGGUUUCAGGAACCUGGAGAAUCUGAAAAAGAUUUUGCUUCUGUCGAUACUGCAAUACUAAUGAAGAAGAUAUUUGCAAUUGUUGGUCCACAACCUCUUUGUGUACCUAAUGGAUUUAGUGGAUUGCAAACUCCGGAUUCCUUGCCUUCUUGGUAUUCAGAUGAAGAUAUUAAUUAUUAUGCUACUAAAUUUAACGAGAAAGGCUUUACAGGAGGAUUGAACUACUAUCGAGCUUGCAACCUAACCUGGGAGCUCACAGCACCGUGGACUGGAUUACAGAUUAAAGUGCCGACAAAGUUCAUUGUGGGCGACCUGGACAUUGUCUACUGUAUUCCGGGCAUGAAGGAAUAUAUACACAACGGUGGUUUCAAGAAAGACGUGCCAAAUUUGCAAGACGUUGUUGUGAUGGAAGGAGUAGCUCACUUCAUCAACCAAGAAAAGGCAGAGGAGAUCAGCGCACACAUUUAUGAAUUUAUCAACAAGUUUUAAUUCCCAUGAAAGGAGGCCAGGAGAUCUCCUGCAUUUUCCUUUUUAAAAACUACCAAGUUCGAUCUCUUUAUGUUCUCCUGGUAAUCAAGGAGCUUUCUCUACGUUCUGAUUUGCAAAUAAUGUAUUCCUGUUUGUCACCGAUCACACGCGUGUAAUCCUGUUUGUCUUCUUCUUCCUCUUGAACUUUCUUCUUUUUCUCGCUUCUUCUGCUACUUUUUCUUCUUC